CGGCAGAGAUGCUUCCAUUCGUCCUGCACGGCCGCUGGGAAACGGCUCCUCGCAUCCCCGCGCUCCCCAGCGGUCCGCCACGGCUCCGUGCCUCACGGCCCCGCUGGGAGCACAUCCUGCCGGGCCGCGGCUCAGCCCCCCGCCUCAGCCCAUCAUUUACUCCCGGGCUCCCACUCGACGCGUUUUUCUCCAUAAAACGUCUCUCCUUUUUGUGUUACUGCAGCAGCAAUUGGCGUGUUGGGACUUCUUCAUCCAGGAAGCCAGAUGACCUUGUUCCACUGGGAUCAGCCACCCCCAUCCCUGUCCUGGCCGACAGCUUGGAGAGAAAGGAGCGGCAGAAGAAAGCCAGGCUGCCCGAAAACGGCGAUGGCUCCAAGGACUCAGACAGCUCUGCCGGGCGCCGGGGCAGCGCAGGACGGAAGCACGGGCGGUGGCGGGGACGGCUGGACAGCCCUGGGGCUCUGGUGUCAAAGGUGGUGAGAGCUGUGACAGCAAGACACAAAGUGGGACGGCGGCUGCCGGCCGCACCGGACUCCUCCAGCCAGAGGAACCUGACGGAGCCGCGCGGGGACGCCCAGCUGGCCGUCUUCCAGCAGGGUGACACGGGCAGCGUGGAGGGGGCUCCGCAGCCCACCGAGAACAGCUUCACGCCCAAGUGUGAGAUCACGGGCAAAGAUGCCCUCUCGGCGCUGGCCAGAGCCAGCAGCAAGCAGUGCCAACAGGAAAUUGCCAACGUGGUGUGUCUGCACCGGGCCGGCAGCCUCAUGCCCCAGUCUGUGCCUCGCCACUGCCCGCUCUCCGGGAAGGUCAGCCCUGUGAUCCAGUGGGAUGAGAGCCGGCUGCAGCAGGCGCCUCCCAGCAAUCCUGUGCGCAUCGCCUACAUGCUGGUGGUGCACGGCAGGGCCAUUCGCCAGCUGAAGCGGCUCAUCAAGGCUGUGUACCACCAGCAGCACUUCUUCUACAUCCACGUCGAUAAGCGCUCCAACUACCUCCAUCGAGAGGCAGUGGAGCUGGCCCAGCACUACCCCAACAUCCGUGUGACCCCCUGGCGCAUGGUGACCAUCUGGGGAGGUGCCAGCCUGCUGAAGAUGUACCUGCGUAGCAUGAAGGACCUGCUGGAGCUGACCGAGUGGCCCUGGGACUUCUUCAUCAACUUGAGUGCCACUGAUUACCCCACGAGGACCAACGAGGAGCUAGUGAUGUUCCUGUCCAAAUACCGAGAUAAGAACUUCUUGAAGUCUCACGGCCGAGACAAUGCCAGGUUCAUCAAGAAGCAGGGUCUGGACCGCCUGUUCCACGAGUGUGACUCCCACAUGUGGAGGCUGGGUGAGCGGCACAUCCCUGAGGGCAUCGUGGUGGACGGUGGCUCCGACUGGUUCUCACUGACACGCAGCUUCGUGCAGUACGUGGUGUAUGCAGACGACCAGCUGGUGUCCCAGCUGCGGCAGUUCUACACCUACACGCUGCUGCCAGCCGAGUCCUUCUUCCACACGGUCCUGGAGAACAGCCAUGCCUGCGAGACGCUGGUUGAUAACAACCUCCGAGUGACCAACUGGAACCGCAAGCUGGGCUGUAAGUGCCAAUAUAAACACAUAGUCGACUGGUGCGGGUGCUCCCCAAAUGACUUCAAACCCCAGGACUUCCUCCGGCUACAGCAACUCUCCAGACCCACCUUCUUUGCCCGCAAGUUUGAGUCGACAGUGAAUCAGGAGGUGCUGGAGAUCCUGGACACCCACCUGUAUGGCAGCUACCCGCCCAACACGCCCGCCCUAAAGGCCUAUUGGGAGAACGUCUACGACCGCGUCGAUGGGCUCAGCGGCCUCAGCGAUGUCACCCUCACCUUCUACACGGGCUUCUCCAGGCUGGGGCUCCGCAAAGCAGCAUCUGUGGUGGCACCAAAGGAGGAGAAGCUCUGCAGAUUUGAGCCCCGAGGUUUCCCAUCCAGUGUUCACUUGUAUUUCUAUGACGACCGUUUCCAGGGCUACCUGGUGAUGCAGGAAGUGCAGAACUCAGCAACUGGCCAGGCAGAGUCCCUGGAGGUGUGGAUGAUGCCCCAAGGAGCUCUGAAGCUGGCAGGUCAUGGAGGACAGGCAAACCGGUUACAGAACCUUGAGGUGGGCACAGAGUGGGAUCCCAAGGAAAGGCUCUUCCGCAAUUUUGGAGGCUUGAUGGGGCCUUUUGACGAGCCAAUGGCCAUGCAGAAGUGGUCGCGAGGCCCCAACCUGACAGCCACAGUGGUGUGGAUUGACCCCACGUAUGUUAUUGCUGCCUCCUAUGACAUCACGGUGGAUGCUGAGACAGAAUUCACCCAGUACAAGCCGCCCCUGAACCGGCCUCUGCGCCCCGGCGUCUGGACCAUCCGCCUGCUCCAGUUCUGGGAACCCUUGGGGGAGAACCAGUUCUUGGUGGUGCCACAGACCUUCAACCGCAGGCAGCCUCUCAGGAAAGACGAUAGCAGCUGGCUGCACGGCGGGCCCCCCCGCAACGAGUACAUGGAGCAGAGCUUCCAGGGCCUGGGGGGGAUCCUGAACCUGCCGCACCCCGAGGAGGCAGAGGUGGCGGCGGCACGGAAAGCACAGCUGACGGGGCGGGCGCUGGACGAGUGGGCAGACAGUGCCAUCAGCACCUUCUGGGCCGUGGCGGACGUCUGUGUCGGCAGCGAAUCCUCCUGCUCCUCCCUGGAGAUCUGCAGCAAAACCUCCUGGAGCUCGCUAUCCCCGGACCCCAAAUCAGAACUGGGGCCCAUCAAACCCGAUGGGCGGCUGAGGUAGCAGGAGCAGCCGGGGGCGGCGUUGGGAGCGGGGGGCAUCCUGCAUCACUGCCCUACGAGGGGCUCCAGACUGCAUCACCCCGCGCAAUUCACACCGCGGUUACUUGAGGAAGAGAGUAGGGGAAGUGCCGGGCUGAGCGGAUCCUCCUGGGGGUUUGGUUUGGAGGAGGGGGGAGGUGGUCUUGGCCAUCUCCCCCAGGAGUGGGCGCUUGCUGGCCAUGGGGAGCGACCCAUCGCCGUGGGGCGCUGACAGGAGCUGCGUGGCUCUCAAUCCAGGCCUUGGUGUCCUGGGAAGGGCCGAUGGAGGAGGGACGGAAGGCUGACGGGGGUGGGCUCUGCACCAACUCAGCACCCUGCCCUCUCUGCCCUGCCCAGGCUGGAUCUCUGCAGGAUCAGGCCCUGUGCUGCGGGUUGCUCCCCUGGAAGGCUGGCAGGGGACUCCAGGGCAGGGCACACAGGGACGUGCAGGAGCAGGAUAGGUCAGAGCCUGCCACGUGCGUGGAGCUGCUGCUGUCCCAGGGCUUGCAUCUCACCCCCUCGACCCCAGCCCUUUAGUUUGUAUUUUUAUAAAUAUAUAUAGAAAUAUAUAUGAUGCAAAGUGCAAUAGAGACGAGACCCCGCGUUGGCCGGGAUGUCCUCGUGUCUCCACGUCCCCUGAGACUGUAACAUACCUUGUUCUCUUGGCUGUCCUGGUGCUGCAGGACAGGGUGCUGGGUUGUUUACAUUUUUUUUAUUAUUGUUUUGCUGUUUACCAUUUCCUGCUGGGGGCUGAGGAGGGACCGCAUCGUGCUGCCCUCAGAGCAGCUGCCGGACUGUGCCAAACGUUUGGAGCUGUCGAUGUUUGCUGUGCGUUGGCUCAGAGGGCGGUUUGAGCCCGAGAAGCCGCUGUGGGACGUCGUGGCCUCUGUCUCUGCUCCACCCACGGCUCCGGGGCGGGCGGGAUGCGUCUCCUGCCAAAAUGUAACGCGACGGCAGCUGCCCCGGGCCACAGUCCGUCGGCCCCGCCUGCUCUGCUCCCGGGUCAGCAGAAGCUUUCGGGAUCUGCUUUGCUUCCCUGGCCACGAAGCAAAGAAAGGAGAUCCGGCCGGCUCCAUGCGCUCUGUGCUGCUUCUGCUUCCCCCGUCCAAGGGAGCGGCGGCGCCCCGUUCCCAGCCACCCGCCGGCCCGGGCCCUGCCUGCGCCGUUCCUCCGAGACCAGCGCUGCGUGGGACGGCUGGGUUCGGUUUCCCACCCUGAGGAGCUGCUCCACGUGUGGAACUGCGCCUGGAGUUCGUGAGCAGCCCGAGGACGGACGUUGCCUGUGCGAGGACGGGCGAAGGGUGCCGCUGGGGCGAGGGCCGCCCGCUCAGCACCUCCUGAGCCCCUCGCCGCCUUUCUCCCGCACCCCCCCAAGUUCCCCGGGCUGUGCGAGCUGCUCGCUGCUCAUCGCUCGCCCUCUUUGCCCGCUCCGCAGCUGCCGGAGCUGUGGGUACGCGCCGGGCCGGCACCGUGCGGAGCGCCAAAAUCUGUGUCGGGAGCGUUAUGUAAAGUUACCUUGAAUAUGCAACAUCUCCACAAAUAUAUCUAUAUCUGUA